GCACGCUGAAACGGUCAUAUGCGCUUUUCAGUCCGCUAAAAAGAAAUUCAAGAGAUCUCUCUAUGUGUUUUUGAAUACUUUUCUGAUUAUUUGGAAUCCUGAGUGCCGCGUGUGUUAUUUUGAGUUAUCGCGAUUGCGGCUAAGUGCAAUUAGUGCCACAAAUUUAGUGCAAUAAAUUGGAAAAUUUAUUUCUCUUGCCAGGCGAAUCAUUAGCAAAUGAAUUAACCAAAGAUAUUAUUAGUGCUGUAGUGAGUGUGAGUUUUUAAGUGCUCAAGUUCCAGUUGCUCCAAGAUUUUCCAACGAUACCGGACAAUCUGCGGCCGCUCACAGAUUUGGAUUCGUUAAAAAGUGAAAAAUCAGCUGGGGAGUGCGAGGGGAAAACAAUCCGACUGCAAAUGCAAUAAGCCGUCGACAAAAGCCGCGUCUAAGCCACAGAAAAAAGGGAAAAAGCCGUCAACGCAGCUUUAAAAACGAGGACAACAGAAGCGUUUGGCCAGGAUUGCGUUCUUGUACUUUGGACACACGUGCGCCGCGGCUGCGCCCGUGCCCGUGUCCUUGGCAGGUCCUGUGACGUCGCCAUUAGGGUCCUCGGCAGCCACCAUGAAGCUGUCCAAGCUGUCCAACCAAACCAACUCGCAGGAUCCGCAGGCGGUCAACUCGCGCAUCUUCGUGGGCAAUCUGAAUACCUUCCAGUGCUCCAAAACGGACGUGGAGCGCAUGUUUCAGAUCUAUGGCCGCCUCGCAGGCAUUUCCAUGCAUAAGGGCUAUGCCUUUGUGCAGUUCACCAACCCGUUCGAUGCCCGCAAUGCCUGCCACGGCGAGGAUGGCAAAACGGUCCUCAGCCAGACAUUAGAUGUCAACAUGGUGGCCGAACCGAAAGCGCAUCAGAUCGGAAGAAAACGGCAGAAUGUGAGCAAGACGGGAAACGAUUGGGACUACUUCUACGACAGCUACUGCUCUUCGGCGUUGUUACGGGGCGGCGGGGGUGUUGGCGGGGGUGGUUCGAACGGGGUGCGGGCCAAGAAGCGGAAGCGCCUAAUGACCAACGGGAGCGGGCUGGCGGUGUCCGUGCAACAGCAACAACAGCAGCAGCAUGGACAGCAUCAUCACAGUGCGGCCGCAGUGGCAGCCGCCGUCCAUCAGCAACAGCAAGUGCAGCAGCAGCAGCAGCAACAACACCAGCAACAGCAGCAACAUCAGCAGCAGGUGGCUGCCGUUGCCAUGGCGGCGAUGGCCAAUUUGUUGCCCCAGCAGCAAUUGCUGCUGCAUCAGCAGAAUCUGCUCUCCAAUGCGGCAGUGGCAACAACGGCGACGGCGGCUCCAGGAUCCCUCCACUGGUCACAGUACAAACAGGAGCAACAGCACCACACCCAUGCGCACCAUCCGCACCACCAGCAACCGUUCGGAUUCCAGCUAAAGAGCAGCGUGGCUGUCCAGGCGACGACAUCGCCGCAAAAUGCAAAGUCAGCAAUAAUUGCUAAUCAAACGGCGCUCGGCGAGCCAUAUCCGGUUGGAGCCACCGCCUUCGCCACCCAUCACCAGCAUCAGCAACAGCAACAUCAGCAGCCGUUGUUGCAACCGUUAACUCUGGCAUUGUCCCCACAACAACCGCAGCCUCAUCAGGCGGCAACACCACUACAAUUGCACAGCCAAUUGAUGCAGCAACACCAACAGCAACAACAGCAGCAGCAACAGCAGCAGCAGCAUCAACAGCAGCAACACCAACAGCAGCAACAUGCUCAGGAGCAAUUAAGUUUGCAUCAGCAAUGGGGACCAUUCAAAGUCUACAGCAAUCCGGACACAUUAAUCUGCGGCAAUUGCCGGGAAUCCUUUGGCGAGCUGUCUGAGUUAUUGGACCACAAGAAAAGUUAUUGCAAGCUGAGGUUCACAUGCAAGUGCCAGGAUGUUGCCUUUGCGGCAAGUGCAAAAACGCCACCGACGAGCGCCAAAUUGCUGUGUGCCGUUUGCAAGGAUGCGUUCGCCAAUCCCUGGGAUUUGAUGGUCCAUGCCCAGUCCGCGCACAUGGUUAACAUUUACGAGCUGGGGGAUGAUGAGGCCAACACCGCCAGCAAUAAUGCAACUGCCAAGGCUUUAGUGGAGAAUGGCCAUCCAACGAUUGCCGCCGAUGAGGCUGCCACUAAGCAGCAGAUGCCAGCUUCAUCAACACUUAACAAGGAGCCCAAUAACAAUAACAAAAUUAGCAACAACAACAACGAUACUAUAGCCAGCAACAACAACAAUGGGCAUAUGUCACCCUCGGGAACGGAAAUCAUAAUGGCAUCGGGAUCGACUGAAAAUGGAGCUGCCAGCGACAUGGAGACCCACUGCCUGGACAUCAAAUUCAGCCCAAGUGCCAGUCCCAAGGAGGUGGGUGACUUGGCCAUUCCCUCGCCUGGCAGAGAUUCCCUAAUGAUUCUAUUGCAGGAUCAGCACAGGGACGAUCUCUCCCUGGAUGGACGCAUGUCGAGCAGCUCCCAGCAGACCCAUCACUCGGAUGAGCUGAACGGCAAGUUGCUGAACGGCUCCGUCUCCUCGAGGGGCAGUUCACCCGGUUUGGAGGCGGAUGAGCCGCCGGCCACAAGGGCCUGUAUUGUUCGCACCCUGAGCAUUGAGGCGUCUGGGCCAACCGCAUCGCCCACUGCCACCGCCUUGAGCCUGAUGUCAAACAGCUUGAGCCUGGCCCUCGCACCGCAAUAGGUCAAAGGUCAAGAGGGGGUCAAAUGCUCCUGGGAAGGGCAAUCCGGCUCCGCGGGCUGCCUUUUGGAGUGGUGUUUUGUGCUAUCGAAAUCCGAUACAAGUGCAAUUUCUUCAGUAUUUUUGUAACAGACUAACCUUGGAGGGAAGCUAAUAAGUCAGAAAAAAAAGAUGUGGAACGGAUAACGUAAAUUACGGAAAACAUAUCAUUUUAAAUUAGCCAUAGAUAUGACAUACGAGCAGCUAUAUAGUGUACUGCGGUAGCUAUAUCAAUUACAGCCAUGUGUACGUUUAUAUGUAAUGUAUUUGUAUUCGUAAUUGUAAUUGUAAACGCCUUUGUGUUUCUGUUGUUUGCAUGUCCUUUGGGUUUAACGUUUCAAACGAGAGUAUUUAUUUGGGUUUCAAAACUGCAUAAGUGAACGUAUAGGUAAAAUUAUGGAAAGCUUAAACUGUCACCGCCUGUCGGUGGUGCAUAUUGAACGGUAAUCGAGCUUUGUAUAUAGUUAAUACCAAUUACAAGGUUACAAAUUAUGGAAUUAUAAGAUCAUUGUUAAUAUCCGGUCAAUUGUCUGGCUCCGGCUUUAACCGAUGUUUAUAUUUUGGAUAUUAUUUACGGAAUAAAUUAAUCGUAGUUGGAAGCAAAAAUAACCCACGCAAUUGUAUAUCAAAAGUAGCAUAGUGACAACAGGUGUUUCAAAAACAAAUUCGGAGAAACUUGCUAUAUUAUCUAGAAUCAUAAUCAAAUAUGCGUAAUAUUAAUAGCGACUAUAUUCUGUAAUAACUAUAUCAAAAGUAGCGGCUAUGUAAAUAGGAUAAUCAACGUAUUAUGUACUUACCAAGCAAACAAUUUGUAAACAGUAACAACAUUCAAUUCAAUGUCCUCCAGCUAAAGCAUAUAAACCAACAAAUGAAAUGUAUUAUGCAAAUGGGAAUACCAAAAA